GCAGCACGUGGCCAAACCAACAUGGCCGCGCCCUGUGCAUGUUAGUCAGAAGUGAAAUUGAAAUUAAUACAAGAAGCAUUACGAGUUAUGGCAGAUGUUAGCAGCAGCCCAGUGGCUGAUACUCCACCCUCAACAGAGGACAGGCCUGAUGACCUCCCCCAGGACUCCAACAAUGAGGAUGCAAAGUCUGACACCAAAGCUGAAGUGGGGAAUGAAGCAGCCUCUGACCCCAUGUACCGCUACAUCAAAGAAGACCUCUUCACAUCUGAGAUCUACAAGGUGGAGAUCAGGAAUCUACCCAAGUUCACCGGCUUCAAUGACCUGAAGAAGUUCCUGGCCAAACACAGCCUCAACCCGCACAAAAUCAAGCUGUUUGGCAAGCAGACGUUUGCCUUUGUCACCUUCAAGAAUGAGGAAGAGCGUGACAAGGCCAUGAAGAUGGUUCACGGCAUGCAGUGGAAGGGCCAGGUGCUGAGCGUCAGGCUGGCCAAACCCAAAGCAGACCCCAUCCUGAGGAAGAGGAAGCAGGAGGAGGGAGAGGGCGCAGAAGGGCAGCCCCCAUCCAAGCGAACAGAGGGGGACGAGGAAGAGGAGCCACUGAGUGUCCAGAUAGCAAAUGUGGUGACUCCCCUGUGGAAUGUGCCUUAUGAGGAGCAGCUGAGGAGGAAGGAGGAGGAGGUGGUGGGGGUCCUGCAGAGGCUGGCCAAGGAGAUUGGCAGCACCAACAAAGCCAUGUUGCCGUGGUUAUUUGCGCAGAAAGGGAAAUACAACAAAAUGUGUUGUCCUCUGGAACCUAUCAAACCAUCUCCAACACAGACGGAGUACAGAAACAAGUGCGAGUUCCUCAUUUCAGUGGGUGCAGAUGGUGAGGAUAAGACCAUCGGUUUCCGCCUUGGAAAAUAUAAAGGCGGCUCCUGUGCCGUGGUGGGGCCGGCUGAGACGCGCCAUGUCUCAGCCGAGGCCAAGAGAGUGGUCAGCGAGUUUCAGAAGUUCAUCAGGACAACAUCAUACUCCGUGUACAGUCCUGAAACAUAUGAAGGACACUGGAAGCAGCUGACUGUAAGAACUACAAGGACCAAACAAGCCAUGGCUGUCGUGUUCUUCCACCCACAGAAACUCGAGGAAGAGGAAGUCAAUGCAUUAAAGAGCUCCAUGAAGACGUACUUUACAGAAGGAGAGGGGAAAGACAGCGGAGUAACCUCUCUUUACUUUGUUAGAGAGGGUCAAAGGACUUCUCCUAACAUCGAGGACUUGCCCUGUGAGCUGGUGGCUGGAGAGGGCAGCAUUCACGAGGAACUCCUGGGUCUAAAGUUCAGAAUAUCUCCUCACUCCUUCUUCCAGGUGAAUACAGGAGCUGCAGAGGUGUUGUACUCUGCUGUGGGGGAAUGGGCCCAGCUGGAUCAGGACAGCACCGUACUGGACGUGUGCUGCGGGACAGGAACCAUCGGCAUCUCUCUUGCUAAGAGGGUAAAGAAGGUGAUUGGGAUCGAACUGUGCCAGGAAGCUGUGGAGGAUGCCAAAGUUAAUGCGAAGCUCAAUGGUCUGAGUAAUGUUGAGUUUCACUGUGGGAAAGCUGAAGACGUGUUCCCCAACAUUCUCAAUGCUCUCGUGUCACCCAACGUCACAGCCAUUGUGGAUCCACCAAGGGCAGGCCUACAUUCCAAGGUGAUACUUGCCAUCAGGAGAGCGGAGCAUCUGAAGAGGCUGGUUUACGUGGCAUGCAACGCUAAGGCAGCGAUGAACAACUUCAUUGAUCUGUGCAGAGCGCCAUCCAACAGAGUUCACGGGGCCCCGUUCCGUCCAGUGCGAGCCAUGGCUGUGGAUCUCUUCCCUCAGACCAUGCACGUCGAGAUACUUCUGCUGCUGGAGAGAGUGGACUACGACUCCCAGCAGCAGCAGACCAGCAAGUGAUGAGGACAAGACAGGGUCUUGGCCUAGGAUACGUAGCAUGGGCUUAACGUACUAGAAAUGUUUGCACACUCAGUACUUCAAGGAGCCUUGAAUUUAAUGUGUGCAGUAGCAUUCUUUGCUAUGUCAUUUAAGUAUCUGCAAGGCCUUAGUCUUAACUUUAAAGGGCCAGUUCAUCCAAAUAAUGUAAUUUACUAUAAACCAGUGUGUCAUCCAGUUAAAUCUUCCUAUUUUGUAAUGCAAGAAUUAAUUUGUGCUUCAAAUAAAUUUGUUAAUACAGUAUGCAUUAUACUGUAUUUGCUUAACUGAGCUUUAUGGACUGUCCCUUUGCAUGUUAUGCCUUUUUAGUUUGAGAAUGUUUACUCAAAAGUAGGUCAGGUUAUGAGCAUAAAGAUACUUAAAUUUUAAUUUCCUGAAUUUGAUACUUUGUUUAACUGUUAAUAGGGACAAUCAGAAUAAAUGGCUUAACCCAUUAAAGUGCCACCUCAGUUGAA